GCGCAAGAUAAACGCAAACACAAUUUACACAAACUGAGCUUCGUUCUACAAAACUUUUGAACUGAAGAAGAUUUGAUCAUUCCAUGGACUCCCAAUUUGCCAAGGAAAAGCUUGAUGCAGCGAAACAAAAUUAUGGACGAGAUAUUCGUGUAUUUGAGACAACGACUACCUCUAAAACAUCAAAUGAGCCAAUCAUCGAUGAGGAGCCAGACGAGUUUUUCGAAUUCACUGCUGAAGAUUAUUAUCGCAUAUUGGCUACAAAAAAGGAAGAUAAAUUUUUGAAGACGAAAAAAAUCCGAGAAGCAGAAGAAGCUGCUCGUAGAUCAAGGAUUACAAAGGCUGUGAUUCGUGUCCGCUUCCCAGAUAACCACACAUUAGAAGCUACAUUCCAUCCAUCGGAGACGAUGCAAAGCUUAGUUGAUCUACUCACAAAAGUUGUCGCUCAACCGAACCUCCCUUUCUAUAUAUAUACUACUCCUCCAAAGAAGCAAAUAAAAGAUAUGUCUCAGGACUUCUAUUCCGCGGGUUUUGCUCCGGGUGCAAUCGUCUAUUUUUCAUACGAUCAAUCAAAAGGUGAUGAUCAUGUUGGUGCUGCCUCGGGUCCGUUUCUAAAAGAGGAUAUAAUGUUGUUAAAAGGUCUGGAACUCGUAGCCGAAGAGGAGAAACCUGAGGUCAACCAAGGUGCCACCAAACUUGUAGCUGCUGGUGGCUCACCAGCGGUUCAAGAGCGGAAGCCGGCUGCCGAUAAAAAGAUGGUGAAACCAAAGUGGUUGAGAAUGUGAGGGUUUACAAAACAGUGUUGUUUGUAAUGAUUUGUAAAAGAUUUAGAUAUGAAAAAGAUGUGCAUCAGCUGUUAAGAAUGAUCAUAUGACUCUUAUUUGUAUCUGUAUUUUUGUUUUGUAAGUCGGAGGUUUUCAU